CGGGGAAAAGACACAGCAGUUGGGGUUUCGAUUGUUGCUUAGUCAUGAAAUGUAGCAAAUCACGACAGGUGAAGACAGAUGUUGACUGUACGUGGCUUUGCCUGAACUUGAAGAGUCAUGCUGGUUGUUCUGGCAGUUGCUUGAAAGGAUUGAAGAAACUUAACUCCACUCCUUUCUUGUUUACCUACAACACUUUACAGUUCUGCCAUGGGGAUGAUCAGCGACUAGCUCUCUGCAUAAUCCGGGACACCACAAACCCCCAGUGGAACAACUGCAAGAUCACGGUCACCCUGCCGCUCAGCAUGACGGCACGGGACCUCUGCGAGGAGAUUGCCAAGCAGGCCAACUACGAGACCGACACUUUCAACUUGGUCUGGCAACGAGGCGCUACAGAGGGCAGUGAUGAUGUCCUAAUGAGUGAAUGUGGUCUGCAAACGCUUGAAGAAGUUGGCCUUCUUGCUGACCGAAAGAGGAACUUUUUCCAGAUCCAGGACAAGGAUGGCAUCCAACCUGUGCCCAUCAAUGCUGGCGCUACCGGCAUCACCGUCACCGACAGCCCUGAUUACAGAGCUACCAGGGGAGACGCCCUGCUGGCAUCGUGCGACAAGAAGGAUGACACCCAACCUCUCAUCACGGCACCCACCGUCGACACCUGUGCUACAUUCACUGAAUAUAGCUACAGUUCAUAUGCCUCUGCAGUUGUAGCUAAAUCAGAGUCAGGCUUUGUUGGCUUGAUCAACCAAGCCAUGACCUGUUACCUCAACAGCCUGCUGCAGACCCUCUACAUGACGCCAGAGUUUCGAAACGCGCUCUACAAGUGGUGCUUCGAUGAGUCUGUUGAGGAUCCCAGCAAAAGCAUCCCUUACCAGCUGCAGAGACUAUUUGUGCAGCUGCAGACCAGCAAGAAGCGAUCCAUUGAGACCUACGACCUCACCCGAAGCUUUGGAUGGGACAGCAGCGAAGCCUGGCAUCAACAUGACGUGCAGGAGCUAUGCCGAGUCAUGUUUGAUGCCCUUGAGACAAAGUUCAAGAACACCGAGAACGAGGAUCUAAUUAAUAGACUUUACCAAGGUCAAAUGAAGGACUACGUUAAGUGUCUGGAGUGUACCUAUGAGAGUGCAAGGAAAGACAGCUUUCUGGAUAUACCACUCGUCAUCAGGCCGUUUGGCUCAACAAAAACAUACGGGAGUGUGCAAGAAGCCUUGCAGGCCUUUGUCAUGCCCGAAACUCUAAAGGACACCAACCAAUAUUUUUGCGAGCAUUGUAACAAGAAGUGCGACGCUCACAAGGGUCUCAAAUUCCAGUCCUUCCCCUACGUUUUGACCCUGCAGCUCAAGCGGUUCGACUUCGAUUACACCACCUGCACGAGGAUCAAACUGAACGACAAAGUCACCUUUCCUGAGCUGCUCAAUAUGAGUGACUUUCUGGAAGAUGAAAAACAAGAAAAAGAAGAGGUAGGAUUUCAGACACAUGCCCAAUCAGAUGGGGAGACCGAUGACUUUGAAAGUCCGAACAUCCUCGCUGACUCUGGACCGAAUCUCAGCCCUGACGACACGGUGGACGAAGGCAUCGACGUGGAACAAGCCAGCCAGGUCACGGCCUCCAGCACACCGGAGGCAGUCACGCCAUACCUGUAUGAGCUGUUCUCCAUCAUGGUGCAUUCGGGGACAGCCAACGGCGGCCAUUACUAUGCAUACAUCAAAUCUUUCAGCGACGGGCAGUGGUACUGCUUCAACGACACAAGUGUUACACAUGCCGGCCAAGACGACAUUCGUCGUACAUACGGUAUCGAGGCCCUGCCCGGUCGAAGUGCCCCCAACAGCACGCUACCUAACGCUUACAUGCUAAUGUACAGGCGGGUGGAACCAGACAAAAAUGCGGGUUUUGUGGCAGUUGAACAGUUCCCAUUACAUAUCAAGGAGCUGAUGGUGAGAAUACAGAAUGACGAAGAAGAAGAGAGAAGACAAAGGGAGCUUGACAGAAACACCUGCAAGAUCAAGUUGUUUGGUGUCCAUCCACUGACUGGGAAGACAGUGGAGGCGAGGUUGGAAGUGCACAAGGACAAGACACUCAGAGAAGCUACAGAGAUUGCCCAGAAGCUCUUGGGUUUUGACAAACACACCCCACUCGAGUGCUGUCGGCUGGUCAAGUAUGACGAGUUCAAUGAAUCUUUGGAGAAGUCCUUCGAGGGGGAAGAAGACACGCCAAUGGGGACAUUACUCUGGGGCGUCAAGUCGGCCUACAUGUUUGACCUGCUGCUGGAGACCAGAAGGGAAGACCAAGAAUUUGUUGUUUACAGGCCUGGAGGAGUAACCAACAAGGUGUUUGUUGUGGACUUGGAGGCAGAAACCAUUGCCAGUCCCAUCAGCCUGCGAUCCUACGUCAACACGACAGUGCAGGACUUCAAGACCCAGAUUGCAGAGGUCACGGGCUUAAAUGUGGAAACGUUGCGAGUUGUCUGGGAAAAAUACUACAACGACUUGAAGCCACUGGUCAACGGACACAAGACAUUGAAGAACGAGGGCUUCUCCAAGAGCAGUAAGGUUUUUGUUGAAAGCAGCAAUAUUGAAGAUAAACGGGUCACGUUCCUGGACUCCAAACUCUACCAACUGCUGGACAGGAAUGCAAAUACAAUUAGACUACAGGUGACACUACCGCUGUGCAGUCAAGAUGACUUUAAGCCACCUAAAAGCAACAGUGUGUCACCAUGCCCCUCACCGACUUCAUCCACCGACGAAAAAUAUAAUGAUCUCCAGCUUGAGACGGACAUUGCCAUGAAUACGGUGCCCACCCCAAGCCCCACAGGUAGUUCCUCCACGCUCAGCGAUGACCACCCGUUGGACAAGAACAGCGCCAACCUCCUCGGCAGUGAAACGGACAGUGGUGUGGUGUCCCUGAACGACACCCGGAUCCAUGACGACCUGAGUGGCGACAACGACGGCAAUAGCGGCGAGCUACGUGGCAGCCCUGAGGGCGCAACUGCUGCGGAUGACGACGAGGCCGGACCUGGCGAGACAGUGGGGUCUGAAGACCACAAGAAUACUGAGGAUGUCCACACUCUGCAAUCAGAGGACCAAACCUCAAAAUCAACCACGGACCCCUGCUGGUGUGACGACAGGGGUUGCGGGGACUGCAGCCAGCUUCAGCAGGUGAACUCGGAGCCCAGCUCGGGGGCAGUUUCCUCCCCCCUCUCACCCCUCUCCUCUCUCAGCUCCCCAAUGACUGGCACCUCGGACAACAAAUCGGGUAGCAUACCCAGUCAUACGGACCCAGGGGCAGGGGGCGAGACCAGAGGUAGUGUGGUCACUGACCAGGACCCCAAUGAAGACUCUGAAGACGAGAUAUAUGAAAACACGAGGCACACAAAGCCAUUAAACUGGUACUUCAAGGCGGAGCCAAUACAGAUAGUAGACAAUUCAAGAUGUAAGUUAAUGCCUGUUUAUGUGGACAAGAGGAUGUCCCUAGCAGUCUUCAAGAAGGCACUGGAGCCCUAUGUGGGUACAGAAUCACAGAAUUUUAAGGUUUACAGGGUCUAUGCAAACAAUCAGGAGUUUGAGAGCAUUCGGUUGACAGAAACACUGCAGUCGUACAGCGAGGACAGCCGAGUUGUGGUGAAAUUGGGCCGGGCACUGAAGAAAGGCGAGUACAGAGUCAAGAUCUAUCAGCUGGAUGCCAAUAGCCCAGAGCCCUGCAAGUACCUCUUUGACUGGGUCUUUGCCAAGGGCAUGUCUGUCCUACAGUCUAAGACGGAGCUCCUGCCUGAGCUGAAGGCCAAGUGUCUGAUCGACGUCGCCCAAGACCGGCUGAGACUGAGGAAGAAAGCCUGGAAGAACCCCGGGACGAUCUAUGCCAACAGUCAGUUGUACGAGGAAGACAUCCCCAUCUUCACCAACUGGGAGGUCUUCAUCGAGAUUCUGGACUACCCUGAGCCGGUUGUGGACCAGACUCAUUUGGUGUUGUUUGUCCGAAGAUGGAGGCCAUCAGAGUUCAAGGUGGACCCCUUUGAGGAGGUCAUCCUCGCCGACUGCACAGUUCAUGAUCUCAAGAAGGAGUUAUCAAGGCUGAGUGGCAUCAGCAUGGAGAGCAUUGCCUUCGCCAAGGGCAAAGGGACAUUCCCCUGUGAGAUCUCGCUACUGGAGAUGCAGACAGACUUGGAGUGGAACCCAGACGUGACCUCCCUCAACUCCUGGCCACUGUACAUCAGUGACGAUGGCGCAGUCAUCUACUACUGUGACAGAUCGGAAGGCGUGAAGGAGCUAACGGAAGAUGAAAAACAGGAGAUUGUUAAGAAGGAAAGCUCUCGCUUUGAGAGGAGCAGCCAGAAACCGAGCUAUCCCUCACCGCGCAAAGAGCGUGCCCUCAAGAUAUACACGGACCACUCGAACUCAGCGUAAGCACAGAGAGGUGGCUCUUGACAAAAGCCCAGACAAUCAUGACGCCGGAUUGCCUCUAAUGCAUCUAUAGUGCAGACGGGAAUGUACCGGAUUACAAGCAGGGAUGGACGAUUAAAAUAGGAUGUCACAGAAUCAGGUUUCAUUUCACAGCUCAUACGGGCCUUACACAGAUGUUGCUGCUUAACCUGGGCGGCUCCUAGUGCAAUCAGAUUCCUUUAGUUUGGACAGGCACCAGUAACUUUGACAUCUGUACCAAUAGGCUUUCUCUUGGUACAUAAAACUUGUAUUUUUUGCCUACCAGCAAACUAGGGACAGGUUCAGGUGCGAACUAUGGCUAGCUCACCAGUUGAGCCACACUCAAACGACCCUAGUUGAACUGUGUUUUAAACUCCCAUCGUCGCUCAUAUUUUUCCAUUUGCUGCAACUCUCACGGUGUACAUGUUCGAUGACUCGUUGUACAGUUAUUUCCUGUGAAUGGUCCCCUCUUUACUGAUAAAUUAUUUAACCUAUUGAUAACCAGCAAUGUGGCCACACCCCUAGGCCUGGUUCCAAAUGGUCGACUUCAUGGUUGAAACUUUCAUUCAGCAGUGUUGUUUGAACCGUAGUUAUCCGUAGACAUCUCUCAAACUUGCCCAUGGCCGGCCAUCUGUACAAUACCAAGAGAAUAUUUCACAGUGCAAAAAAUUGAAUGCAGCUAUUUAAAUGUGGUUGCUAAAAACUUUUUAAAAGUACUUUCCUUUUUACUUCACACCAGUGGGACAAAUGCAUAUUUUGAGUCAGUGUUGAACUUUCUGCAGGACCCUCCUGAGAUCAUCCGUAGGGCAUUCCAUUUUCCCAAGGUGAAGCCACAGGAAACCAGAAUGCUCCGUGGAUCACUCAGGAGGCUAGUUUUACUACACCAUGAGAUAAAGCAGUCCAUAUUUGUUUUGUAGCACCUCUCCAGCAGAUUCUGCUUCACAUAAUCUGAUUAAUUUGAUCUAAAUACAUAUAGAAUGUAUGUCUUUGACAUCAGUUGAAAAUAUACCAAUACGUCCCCCGACUACCUCUUCAUGGAAUAUCUGAACCCUGCUCUGUAGCGCUAACAUUUCAGAAUGCAGACAACGUGCAACCCACACGCCUUUUUGCAUCGGCAUGUAAUGCCGAGUGUCAUACGUAUAGUUUUUUCGUUGCUACAGGUAUAGUACUUUGGUUGUUACGGGUAUAGUUCUGUUGGUCAUGAAAUAGUGAUUGCCAUGUGACUAGCUCUCGGCCAAUCAAGAUAGAGAAUCUUGUGGUGAAGUUUUGAGAAUAUUGAAUAGACAGAGAUGUGGCUUAUAUCACUAUGUCACUUGGUUUUUCACUUCAUGUUCUUUCUCCUUAAGGCACUGCAAUUUUUGAAGGGUUUAUGCCAAGGUUUUGUGCUUCUCUGUAAAAAAAAGUUCAUUUAGCAGCUGCUCUGUGGCAAGCCGGCAAGCCCUUUGUUUUCAGUGUAACACAGAAUUGCAAUCAAGUCAGUCACCAGUUGGUCACAAUUCAUUCCGUCCUAAGUCAACUCACAGGCUAUUCAAAUAAACUGUCACAAGGGUGUUCCUUUGUUAUUGUUCAUCUCCUAAAUGCUGAUCUGAUUCAUGAACCAUGGGUGGAGAUCCCAGGGGUUAUUAAUAAUAUAAUCAUCCCUCACUUUCCAAGUCACUGACUAUGCUUACCCUCAGCCUGCACCACCGUACUCUGCACUUGCCAGCAUAUGAUCUCACCUGGUAUGGAGGCCAGGCUGUGCUGAGCUUUCAGAAAUCCCCCCCCCAUGUGACAAGAAAUCGCCACCCAUGCUAGGAACUGACCUACAAAUUGUUUUGUGGACUGCCUUGUGAUUGUCAUAGAACUUACUCGAUUCCAACUUUUCUGUAAAAACAGAAAUUUCAUACUUUUCUUUCAAAUCUUAGCUUCAUAUUAAUCUCCAGCUUCAUGACGAGUUCUGUAAUUAGUUUUAGAACCAAACACUAGAAAAAGUUGAAAUUUGGGCCUCACCUAGAACAAUUUUAUGUUUCUGCAGUAAAAAGUGGAGCUGCUUUGAGCUUGAGGAUUUCAAAUCAGAGAAUUAAAUAAUUAAAUUGAAGCCCAAUACUUGUACCCAGACAUGCACAAACCCAAGAUUUGGAAAAUUGCCCAAACAUUGGCAAGUCCACGUUCUUUUGCUGAGGAGGAAUCACUCAUCAGCAGUAAUUUGACAAAUCAUUCUGAGUGAUAUUCAUUCUGUUUCCUCGUUUUUUUUAGUCCGUCACUUUUUCAUCUCCUUUGCCCUUUUUGCAUUUUACCCUUCUGAAUUUCAAGAGGGGGGCAAAUGCCCGCCUUCCACCCCAUGUCUCCUAUGUGUCCUAAGUGCCUCACUUUGCUCCUUGGAGCAGGUUUAUUACACAAAACCCUCAAUGGUUAAAUGCCAUGUCCAAUAGCAUUGCUUGAUUAAAACAAUCACCUACUAGAAUGACCGUGUGUAUACAUUUAUGUACAGAGCCUCAUGAUCGGUAUCCUGGUGUCACUCAAUUAUUAUGCAAUCUUACAUGUAUUGUGCUCGACAUUACACCGGUGAACUCUGAAACCACGUAGUACUUGAGCAGUACCUAGCAUUACCAUGAAGAAUGUUUAUAGUGUUGUUACUUUAGUUUCACGUUAUAUGCACAUGUAUUGUCAGCUGGAUAAACCUUGAAAAACAGCUUAAAGUCAGUUGACAGUUUCAAAGGAACAGUAGUCAAGGAACCUGUGAAAUUUGAGGUUUUUUUGAACUUACAAACAGCAAUGACUUAUUUACACAGUCACACUGUUCCUUUUUUCAGUAUAAUAACUAUGAAUGGGGUAGGCACACACUGUCACCAGUAGACUUGUGCUUACACCAGAAGCUAAGAGUAAAACUGUUAUUUCCAGCCUAUUUGAUUUUCUUGUCCUUUUUUAAAUCCUGAAUCCUCCAAAAUCGUCCUCAGUCCAGGAGUGCGAUUCUGUGUCCUGAAACCUGCCGGAAGAUUAGUCUCUUAAUAGUAGAGCAGUGAUGUUAUCUUUUUCUUUCCCAGUCCUAAAGAAUUCUCCAUAACCCUCAGGGUAGAUUUUGAAGGAGCUUGGAGGUCAAGGGCUAAUUUCGUGGAGUUACUGAACACUUAGUUUAGCAGGGAAAAAAGCCAUAACGAGUGCUUUAUGGCGCAUAUAAUUCAAAAGCAGAAUUUUCUGCCCGGGAUCCCCAUUAAAAUUGUCCCUCUUUAAGAGAGUGCUAAUUUUGCUAACUGAGAGUGCUAACUGAGAUGAGGUAAAACUGAUUUCGUGUUUAUAGCAGUAUGCAAAAAGAAUUUGAAUCUUUCAGGACACGGUUUAUUGGUGAGAGUAAAACGUCCCAAGAUUCUAUGCGCUGAAAACCAAGAAUUCUGAAAUAAAUUCAAAUAUUUCUGAUAGGCAGUUUUAUUAUUAGAGCUCUCAGUAUUUAAUACCUGUUAAAUGUUACAGUGGACUCAUUUUCAUCCAGGAGGCCGGGUUCUUUUUCCCACAAGGAUGCAGCUUGUCAAGUUUUGAUGCAUAGUAUUUUCCCAUUUUUUCUAAAGUAACAAAGCAAAAUUGUAACAUUUGUGUCUUUCAUUUUUCACUUGGUUGUUUAAACCUUCAAAUUGUACCACUGAACUGUGAACAAAAAUCCCUUGCUGCUAAAUUUGUUUCAGUGGACCUUUUCUGUCAAACUAUAUUUGCUGUGGAUCCAUUUUGAAUUUCACAGAAGAGUUAAUCACGUUCUCCAUAUUUCUGGAUUUGUAGUUAAAAAUGUAACAAUAUGGUUAUCACAUUAAGCAAUCAAUACAAAGACCCCCAAACCUCUGCAUUUUCAGUAAACCACAGUAAGAAACCUGCUAAUUUGAAAAAUUGGUGAAUAUAUGCAUGUAUAGAUCUGACCCAAACUUGUUCCUUUAGAUUGCAUUUUUUUCAGGAUUAUUUUCCUCCUGUGGCCGAUAAUAUUCUGCAGGUUUAUUCACGUAUACGUGAGGUUUAUUGUUCUCUGUGAAAUGUACGAAAGUUAGUUAUUUGUUUUUUUUAUCUUGCAGUGUUGCUACCCAGGAAAGUGGUUAAAAUGCCCCAAACAUAAAUGAGUAUUCUUUUACUGAUUGCAUUAAGGGUCAGGAAGUAGCAAUUUGAUUUCUGGAAGGCUUCACUGGUGUGUUGUCCGGGAGUCUAGUGGCUGUUGAAUGUACAUGUGUAUAAACUUUAAAUGGACUCUACGAAUUAUGUAAUAACAGGCUAUCUAAAGGAGUAAUUAUGUAAAUGAAAAAUUGUACAAUAAGAAGAUAUUCAACCAAUUUGCACGAAA